CCCAGCACCUCUACUUCCACAUCUACCUCUACUUCCACAUCUACCUCCACUAGCACCUCUUCUUCCACAUCUACCUCCACUAGCACCUCUACUUCCACAUCUACCUCCACUAGCACCUCUACGUCCAGCUCUACUUCCACCAGUACCUCUACUUCCACAUCUACCUCCACUAGCACCUCUACUUCCACAUCUACGUCCACUAGCACCUCUUCUUCUACAUCAACCUCCACUACCACCUCUACUUCUACAUCUACCUCCACUAGCACCUCUACCUCCACAUCUACCUCUACUUCCACAUCUACUUCCACAUCUACCUCCACUAGCACCUCUACUUCUACAUCUACCUCUACUUCCACAUCAACCUCCACAUCUACCUCCACUAGCACCUCUACCUCCACAUCUACCUCCACAACCACCUCUACUUCCACAUCUACCUCCACUAGCACCUCUACUUCCACAUCUACCUCCACUAGCACUUCUACUUCCACAUCUACCUCCACUACCACCUCUACUUCCACAUCUACCUCCACUAGCACCUCUACUUCCACAUCUACCUCCACUAGCACCUCUACUUCCACAUCUACCUCCACUAGCACCUCUACUUCCACAUCAACCUCCACUACCACCUCUACUUCCACAUCUACCUCCACUAGCACCUCUACUUCCACAUCUAUUUCCACUAGCACCUCCACUUCCACAUCUACCUCCACUAGCACCUCUACCUCCACAUCUACCUCCACUAGCACCUCUACUUCCACAUCUGCCUCCACUACCACCUCUACUUCCACAUCUACCUCCACUACUACCUCUACUUCCACAUCUACUUCCACUAGCACCUCUACUUCCACAUCUACCUCCACUAGCACCUCUACUUCCACAUCUACCUCCACUAGCACCUCUACUUCCACAUCUACCUCCACUAGUACCUUUACCUCUACAUCUACCUCCACUAGCACCUCUACUUCCACAUCUACCUCCUCUAGCACGCCUACUUCCACAUCAACCACAACACCCUCCCCCGGUGACUGUACAAUUAGUACAUCAGGUGAUACCGUUUCCUUCCAAUCCCCUAAUUACCCAAGUGAUUAUCCAAAUAACCAUGUCUGUACUCUUCCACCGAUAUACAAGCUUGUAGAGACCAUGGUAUGGAAGCGUCGUCGACGCAGACUACCUGUCCCCGGUCAUCCUUGCUCACUUCUCACCUGGCUUCCUCCAGGGCAUUGCUUACAAGUGGACGGUUUCCGCUGGAAACGCAGCCCUUCGACCUUUGAAGCUGGCGAUGAAGUGGUUAUACAGAACCCAUACACACACCCUUUGCAGCUGAACGGGUCCAUCGCCUCGGGCACAGAGUACCGCAUCCCGAGCCUGCUCUUCCUGGCCUCCUUCGUGAGCGACGGAAGCCUCACAAAUUCCGGCUUCUCGCUUUCCUUCCAACUCUCCUCCACUGGGUGCUUCAAGAAUCGGACUGCUCUUGACGCAAAGCAAUCGCAAACCAGUCCCAGAUACUCUCGAGUAAAUGUGAAGGCGGGAACAUACUGUGAAUACAGAAUCUCUACGUCUGAUCCAUCAAAGCGAGUGAGACUCUACUUCAGAGUCUUCAGAGUGUGGAGUCCUAGUUACGUGGCCCUGAACCCUUCCGGUGACGCCUACUAUGACAGCAAUGUGGUUGUCCUGCAGAACACCGUGAGCAUAAGGCAUUACGAGUCCGUCGGGGAUGUCUUCAGGAUUUAUUUCCAUAAUGAAGUCUCAACAGUAGGAUUUAAGUUUUUCUACAGACAAGUGGUGUAAAUAGAAACAAAUGCCUCUCAUAAACCUGAUUUUGACAUAAAGGGCUGUAUUUUGCUGUACGUAUCAAAAUGUCCAAGAAUCUAAAUAUUAUGUUAAAUUAGCCAAUGGUAUAAUAUGUAGAUUAUAUCAUCAAAUUUGUUUGUGACAUUCUCCUGUAUUGAAAACAGAAUAAAGUUCU